AUGAGCGCAAUCCCAUUCGCAUUCCAAAAUAUGAACCCAUCACAUCUUGAUGAUAAGAUGGACGUAGCAUCAUCGCCCUUCCUCCAGCCUGACGACUUCGACGUGGAGCUUGAUUCAAUUCGUGAACCCUCCAUCAUAGAGUCUCUACACGACGAUAUGGUCGAUGAUGCUGUCCAGCCAGCAGAGGUUGGCAGUGACAUUAUGCAGGACCAACUCGAGGAAACCCUACCUGAUGAUGACAUGGUCGAUGACGAAAAUGCAACUAAUCCACCUGUCCCCCGAGACGAGGAUUUCAACAUGGAUGCCUUUGCCGACGAACCUCGAGUCGAUGAAGAUGAGGACAUUUUAUAUGAAGAAGAGGAAGACAUCGAGCAUGCCAUCGAACAGGUAGAAGAGUCCCUGGAAUUUAAGUCUCAGCAAGAGCCACCACAGUACCAAGAGCUGGAACCGGAGGUCAUCUUGGAUGAUACUGAAGAACAGCCUGACGAGCAGGACCCGCACCAUCUAGAUACUAACGAACCAGAAGCCGACACCAGAACAGACGCCCAGGUGAACCUUGAAGACGCUGAACAAGAAUCAGCAAAUGCCGGAUUUACCAGUACCGAAAGCUCAGCAGAAGCUUUGGUGCAACCAAAAGCGCAGGAUGGUGGUGACGACUCCCUCGAACAGGAACUGACCACCCAAGAGAACCACACUGGAAGUUCCAUCGAGUUCCUUCAAGAAGUUCAAGUUGUCGAAUCCUACGUCGAAUCGGAGAAUGUCGAACAAGUGCCAGAGCAUACCGAAACAGCUGAAAUGGCUGAAACUCCCGUUCUGCAAGAGCGUGAUAAAGCAGUUACAGAGUUGCAGCUGCAUGUCGCAGAGGGCCUGAGUGGAUCCCAAAAAGAUAGUGUCAAAGCUGUGCAUCCCGUGACGUUGCUGUAUUUGGAUGAAGAGAUGUCUCUGUUCCCACCCAUGAUCGGGGAUGAGUCGUCGGUGUACUUCCUUGCCGACUCUUCCCUUGUCUUUGAGCCUUUGGACAAGCUUCUUGCAGCAUGUCGCGACAUAUUGACGGGCACUCUGGACCACCACGACGAGCUUGUGCUUGACAUCACAUCAUUAGGCCUCCAUAUCUGCGAAGAUUCAAAAUAUGCCGCUCAGAUCACCUUGUCCCAGAUCCUUGACGUGUAUUUACAGCUCUGUCGCAACGAUGAAGGUCAAGAGAUACACCCUCUAUACUGUCAUUUGAGCAGCCGUGUGAGCUUGGCUUCUCAAUAUUCCUAUCUCGUCUCCUCGAGUCAUGAGGGUAGGACAUUUUCGGAAAUAGCCGCCGACCAUAUUGAUACCCCUGAAGCUGAGGACGAGCAUGCUAAUGCAGCCCAUUACCGCGAUGAUCAACAAGGCGACAGCAACCAGGAAGCCCCUAUUGAAGAACACAGCAAUGAAAAUGUAUCGAACGAGCAGCCAACUACUCUUGAGGCCGAGGUUGAUCAUCAGUUUGAUGUGGCUGCACCAGAGGGCGAGGAUGUUGAAUGGACCGUAGCCAAUUCACCGGGUCAAGCCUUUGAUACUGCUGUAUCGGAAGAGGCUCCUCAGGGGUCUGUUGAACAGCUAGACCGUUCCGAACCAUCUCCCACGCAGAAACCUGAGCAAGCGGCUACAGACGAUAAGGCUCACGCACUUGACGAGGAGGAGCAACCCUUCCAAGCCGACGGCAGCGAGCACGAAGCGUACCUCGAUAUUGCUGACCACUUUGAGGCCCAGGAGUAUGAGACGAACAGUUCACAUACCGUCGAAGCCGAGCAAGCCGAGAAUGAAACGCUGGAAGGCGUUGAAGAUGCAUUUGGAGUUGAAAAGCACGACUCUUUUGAUGACUCAUUUGAACAAGUCGAAGAUCUGUUCGAACAUGAUAACGGUGCGGAGCAAGCAGAUGGGGAAGACCUUGGUCCCUAUAGUGACGAAGAAAUCUUUGUCCAGGAAGCAGGAGUCCAAGAUGAAGCUAACAAUGUCGUCCUACCACUUGAGCCCGAAGCCAAAUCUCCGACCUUGCAAAUCAGCGACGAGCACAAUCAGUCUAGCGAGGAUCCAUUCCACCCGGCAGAUAAUGAUGCUCAGUCAGCGUCCCACGGCCAUGAUGCAACAUCCGCAACUAUUCCCGAGCCUCCCAGCCUUGCAAGUCCUCCUGUCACCCCGUCUAAGGCCAACCACGCGAAGCGAAAGGUCGAUGACGACGACGAGCUCGAUCUACUCGACUUGGACACACCCGAUCCAAAACGCCGGCGGCCGUCAUGA